AUGUCGAGCAAAAAAGGAAAGUGGUCGGACGAAUAUGUACAAUAUGGAUUCACAUGUAUAACGGACCGUGAUGGGAGUCAGCGUCCUAACUGCAUGAUUUGUAAUGCAAAGUUGAGCAAUUCUAGUCUAGCACCGGCAAAACUAAGAGAACACUUCCUUAAGCUGCAUGGAGAUGGAAAAUACAAGAACACAACGCUCGCUGAAUUCAAGGUGAAGAGAGACAGAUUCAAUGAAAAGGCUACUCUGCCUGUUCUCGGCUUUGUACCCAUCAACAAACCGAUCCUCACCGCAUCGUACGAAGUUGCUUACCUGGUCGCAAAGCAGGGCAAACCACACACCAUUGGUGAAACACACAUAAAACCAGCUCUGUUGAAGAUGGCGAAUAUCAUGCUGGGAAAAGAGGCUGAAGUUAAGUUAUCCCAAAUUCCUCUUUCAAAUGACACCAUCAGCGACAGAAUAGAGGACAUGAGCAAAGACAUCUUGGCUCAAGUAGUUGCAGAUCUGAUUUCAAGCCCGGCAAAAUUCAGCCUUCAACUCAACGAGACCACAGACGUUUCCAAUCUAAGCCAGCUUGCUGUAUUUGUGCGCUAUGUGAAAGACGACGUGAUAAAGGAAGAUUUUUUAUUUUGUAAGCCUCUUACAACAACAACUAAGGCAGCCGAUGUGAAGAAACUUGUGGAUGACUUCUUCAAAGACAACAAUCUUUUGUGGGAUAUGGUUUCUGCAGUUUGUUCGGACGGAGCUCCAGUCAUGCUGGGAAGAAAGUCUGGUUUUGGUGCGCUAGUGAAAGCCGAUGCACCACACAUCAUUGUUACGCAUUGUAUUCUGCACAGGCAUGCGUUGGCAACAAAAACCUUGCCUCCGAAACUGGCAGGAGUAUUAAAAAUUGUAGUGGAAUGCGUGACCUAUGUGCGAACUAGUGCUCUGAGGCAUCGCAUCUUCAGUGAGCUGUGUAAAGAAAUGGGCUCUGAAUUCGAGUGUACAUGGCUGAUAUCUUCGCAGCUCUCAAUCAUCUCAAUCAAAAGAUGCAGGGCGGUGGAGUCAACAUCAUCGAAGCGGAGGAAAACCUGA